GCAGUAAAAGAGGAUAGCAUUGUGUUUAAAAUGGAAGUUGACAUAAAUGGAGAGUCCAGAACUACCAUAUCCACCCUCCCUGUGCCUCUUGCAGAGGUGACUCCUGCAGGCAGGAUGGAAGCAGAGAAGCCCCGCUGUUCAAGUACCCCCUGCUCACCAAUGCGACGGACAGUUGCAGGGUAUCAGAUCCUGCACAUGGAUUCUAACUACCUGGUUGGCUUCACAACUGGAGAGGAGCUGCUAAAAUUAGCCCAGAAGUGUACAGGAAGUGAAGAGAAUAAAGGGGAAUCUGGGCCGAACUUGCGCUCCAAACAGCUUGAUUCAGGACUUACACGUUCCUCCCGUUUGUACAAAACUAGAAGUAGGUACUAUCAGCCAUAUGAGAUCCCAGCAGUAAAUGGAAGGAGGAGGAGAAGGAUGCCGAGCUCAGGGGAUAAAUGCACUAAGGCUUUACCAUAUGAACCUUACAAAGCACUUCAUGGUCCCCUGCCUCUUUGCCUUUUAAAAGGUAAAAGGGCUCAUUCGAAAUCCCUGGACUACCUCAAUUUAGACAAAAUGAGCAUUAAGGAACCUGCUGACACGGAAGUGCUACAAUACCAGCUCCAACACCUCACCCUCAGAGGGGACCGUAUGUUUGCAAGAAAUAGCACAUGA